UCACUUUAAAGAAAAUAGAAAGAUCGUAUUAUAUCCAAAGUAUAGGAAUAUGGCAAAGUCGCUCGUGAGCUACACAACCUUCCUUGCUCUCCUCUUAUGCUUCCUCCUCAUUUCAUCCAAUGAGAUGCAAGCGGCAGAGGGCAAACUUUGCCGAAGGAAGAGCAAGACAUUUUCUGGCUAUUGCUUUAUUAGUGAACACUGCGACGAAGAAUGCAAAGAGAAAGAGGGGGCAAAGAGGGGUAUGUGCAUUAAGAAGAGCAUCUUCAGACGUUAUUGCUACUGCUACCACAAGUGCAAAUAAGCAUCAAAUGCUCUCAGAAUGCUCCUUUUUAUGUAUAAUAAAUAAAUAAAUAAAUAAUGGUGUGUUGUCUUGUGUUUAAAAGAAUAAAAAUACUACAAAUUCACUAGAAUUGUAGUUAUUAUGAGAAAAUAGUAUCAAACUAUGUUUGUAUUAUCAUAUUGUACGGUCUUUUCCUUGGGAUCCAUAUUGUAAUUUUUUAUGUCAAGUGAAAUAAUCUAAAUAAUUUCAAGAAA